AAAAAUAAAAAUUAAAAUUAAAAGAAUUAAGACAAGGAGGAGGGCAGAGAGAUCUUUUUAUGUUUGGUUUUGUUUUCCUCUUUCCUCUUCAAGAACCCUAAAACCCAUCCCCGAUCCGAUAAGAGAGAAUCGAAGAAUAAUUUUCAUUUGUUUUAUUCCGAUUUUUUCUGUGUAGAUUCUUCGGCUCAAAGCUACGGUGAACGAUGGCGACGCCAAUGGUUGCAGGUGCUGCAGUAGCUGCAGCUGCUAUAGCUGGUAGAUAUGGUAUACUCGCUUGGCAAGCCUUCAAGGCAAGGCCAAUCGUGCCUAGAAUGCGCAAGUUUUACGAAGGUGGUUUCCAAGCUGCCAUGACACGCCGUGAAGCUGCUCUCAUCCUUGGAGUCAGGGAGAGAGUGGUGGCGGAGAAGGUGAAAGAAGCGCACAGGAGAGUGAUGGUAGCAAACCACCCGGACGCUGGAGGCAGUCACUAUCUCGCUUCUAAGAUCAAUGAGGCCAAAGAUAUCAUGCUCGGCAAAUCCAAUAACUCUGACUCUGCUUUUUGAUUCUGUCAUAUUGAGAGUUUGAUACAAUCCCAAUGAAGAAACUCUUUUGUCUUUUCAUUUGAAUGUGCUACCAAUUUCUUGUUGUAUAUCAUUAUCAUGUUUCCAAAGAAGCAGCUGAUCAAUAUUUGUUAUAUGAUACAAACUAUUACCUUAAGCCUGUGUAAUCCAGACAGAUGCACUGAAUAAAAAAAAAUUGAUUAAUAA